AUGAUUAAUUUUUCCUUAAACUUAAGAGGAGGAGGAAGUUGGGCCAAGAGGAAGAGAGUCGGCUAUCAUAUUCAAAACGGAAAUGUUGAUAUUUGCUUUAUUCAAGAGACAAAGUUAAGUGGCAUAGAGUUUAAUGUAGUGAAAGAAAUAUGGGGAGACAAUCAAGUGGAGUGGUCGCAUAUGGAUGCCAACGGGGCGUCGGGAGGCAUUCAUACGAUGUGGAAAAAGGAUCUCUUCAAUCUAAACUUUUGUUUCAGAGGAGAGGGUUUCUUAGGUCUUUGCGUGGAGAAGGAAGGUAAACUUAUUUAUUUUGUGAAUGUUUAUGCUUUUUGUGAUAUAAUCACGAGGAAAAGGUCUUGGGAUAGGUUAUGUGAGUUCAAAAACAACAACAUUAAAGGCUCAUGGUGCAUAGGAGGAUAUUUUAAUUCUAUCAUUUCUUUAGAAGAAAUAAUUAGGACGUCAAGCCGUAUCUAUAGGAGGGAGAUAAUGAUUUUUAAAGAGUUCAUAGAGGAUAUGGAGUUGGUGGAUCUUCCUACUAUAGGAGGUAAGUUUACUUGGAUUAGAAGUAAUGGCAAUUCUAUGAGUAGGAUAGAUAGAUUCCUUCUAUCAGAUUGUUUUGUUGAAGAUUGGAAGGUGGAGGGCCAAUAUAUUGGCGAGAGGGAUGUGUCUGAUCAUCCUCCUAUUUGGUUGAAAGAUAAUAGAAAGGAUUGGGGUCCUAAACCUUUUAAGUUCAAUAAUAUGUGGUUCAAACACGAGGAUUUCGAUAUCUUCGUGGAGGAGGAGUGGAAGAAGAUUGCGGUCAAAGGAAGAGGUGAUUAUUGCUUGGUCGAAAAGUUGAAAACUCUCAAAAACCGUAUAGCUUGGUGGAACAAGAAUGUCUACGGGUGGAUAGACCUCAAAAUCAACAAAGAUGGGAAAGAGUUGCACUCUUUAGAUAACGUGUUUGUUCAUUUUGCAGGUCGUUUCUAUGCGCCGUUUGAAGUGUUGUGGAAAUCCCUGAGUAUGUUUUAUGAUAAAGAAGAGUGA